UCGUACUCCGGAUCCAGAUUUGGAUCGAGCCGGUUGGGAAAUGAUGUGAUUUUGUUGUUCCGCGCUGAAAACAACGAUUUGGGGCGUUAAAACUCUACUUUCUCUCAACUAACGACAGAUUUCUUGUGUCUCAAAUCCUUGCCAACAGAAAAGUUACACGAUUUUUGCUCGUAACAUUCCCAGGUGUCGUCGGCAAACGUAGAACAACGUUUCCCGUGUUGGUGUGAAGUCGUAACAACAUCUGGAAGUAGUCUUGGCUACUAUUUCAUGGAUUAUUUCCAAGGAACCGUGUCCCGCUGACCAGGAUUUCUUACAAGGAUCACCGAAGGUUUCUUUAAGACUCUCCCGAUAUGGAUUCUAAGGCGAAGCGGCCGCUGAGAGUCAAAGUCAUCAGUAUGGGCAACUCGGAAGUCGGAAAGAGUUGCAUCAUCAAGAGAUAUUGUGAGAAACGGUUUGUGCACAAGUACCUGGCUACAAUCGGGAUCGACUAUGGAGUAACAAAGGUCAAAAUCAAGGACAGAGAUGUCAAGGUCAACAUAUUCGACAUGGCAGGACAUCCAAUAUUUUAUGAGGUGAGAAAUGAGUUCUAUAAGGACACCCAGGGAGCCAUCCUGGUGUACGACUGCUCCAGUAAGGAGAGUUUCGAGGCGCUGGACACCUGGUUAAACGAGAUGAAGAGAGAGAUUGGCAACCCUGCUGAGAUCGAGAAUGUGGUGUUCUGUGUCUGCGCCAACAAGACUGACAGACAGAAGAGAACAGUAGAUGAGGCUGAGGGGAGGAUAUGGGCAGACACGCACGGCUGUUACUACUUUGAGACAUCGGCACAGACAGGAGAGGGCAUCAAUGAAAUGUUUCAGACGUUAUUCUCUACGAUAGUUGAAGCCUGUGAGAAUGGCGGGAAGCCUCCCUCCAUCAGCACCAGUCUGGGGUACACUAAGGAACAAGCCGAGGCCAUCCAGAGACUUAAGAACAGCAAGUCUGACUGGGAGAGACUAGGACUCUACCCUGGGUCUUCUAAGGAUGAGAUCAACAAAGCCUAUAGAAGACUGGCCGUGUUGCUUCAUCCGGACAAGAACGUGGCACCAGGCAGCGAGGAGGCCUUCAAGAUCCUCGUCAGCGCCAGAACAGCGCUGCUACGAGGGAAAUAGCCCCACCUAGCAAGCUCAGGAAGAACUGCAACAGUUGACACAUGAUUCUGCAACAAGUUUAAACUGUCAUUUCCAGCAC